AUGUACAGCAAGAACAAAAAGGGAAUAGCCGAGUGGACUGGCCUAUUCCCGGACGAGUUUAAGACCGAGAAGCAGUCCUUCGUCUUCGUCAAAAGGAUGAUGUCUCUCGCUGUCUCCUCCAUCACCUACCUGAGGGGAAUCUUCCCGGAGAAUGCCUACAAAUCUCGAUACAUAGAAGAUUUAUGCAUCAAAGUUUUACGAGACGACGGCAGCUCGCCAGGUGCCGACAAAAUUGUAAAAUGGAUGAUGGGCUGUUUUGAUGCGCUGGAGAGGCGAUAUCUUCAUAUUGUGUUCAUUGGGGUCCACACCAAUCCAGAUCAUCUGGAUCGCAUUAUUGAAUCGUACAUUUUCAAAUUCAGAUAUACUGAGCAGGGACCAGAGAUGGACAUACUCAGGAAUAAGAACACAAAGCUGCAGGUGACAAUGGAGGACACCAAAAAGGCCUCUGUGCUUUUGAUCAGGAAGCUCUUCUUGCUCACAGAGAACCUGGGAACACUGCCCAAUGAUGUCUGCCUCAGUAUGAGGCUCUACUAUUAUGAUGACAUCACCCCUGCAGAUUAUGAACCACCAGGCUUCAAGGAAGGCACAUGUGAUCAACUGUGGUUUGAGGGAAUGGCAGUGUACUUAAAAGUUGGUGAGGUACAGACCCCCUUCAACAACGUGAGAGUAUGUGUGGCAAUAGAAAAAGGCAGAUCGGAGAAGCUCCGGGCGAACUGCCAGAGUAAGAGUGAGCCAGGCUCUGUGGAGUCUCAAAGUGUCCUCCCACAGAUAGCCAGAAUCCAGGUACGUUCCAAACAAACAAACAAAGGACUGUUGUUCUUGUCAUGAUGUCGAACAGAGAUGUGAUUACUGAUGGGCAGUCUGUUGAUUUAUUGUUAUCUGCAUCUCUGUGUUAACA